AGAGAGAGUGGAAGACAGAGGGAAAGACAGAGAGAAAUAUCGAUGUGAGAGAAACACAUCGAUUGGUCGCCUCCUGCGUGUGCCCCUUCCAGGGCCCGGGCUGGGGAGAGCCUGCAACUGAGAACGUUCCAGUCCCUGUUGCAUCUGCGCACGCUCCACCUCCACCUCCAAUUACGGCAUCACCUGACGUCAGUAACAAUAAAGCUCGUGAUUGGAGGAAGCCUGUUUGACAAGUUCUCCUUGUGCACAUAGGUGGGGUACUGCCUGCAAAUGAAAUCGCUAGAUUGAAAGGUAUUUUUUUCACAUGGCUUCCAAAGAAGUGACCAUCACAGUUCGCCUUAUUCGAUCCUUUGAGCAUCGGAACUUCAAACCUGUGGUAUAUCAUGGAGUUAAUUUCGACCAGACUGUAAAGGAAUUUAUAGUAUUUCUGAAGCAAGAUAUUCCUUUAAGGACCAGCCUGCCACCACCAUUCAGAAAUUAUAAAUAUGAUAAAUUGAAGAUUAUUCAUCAAGCACAUAAAUCAAAGACAAAUGAACUUGUGCUGAGUUUGGAAGAUGAUGACACACUCAUGUUGAAAGAAGACCACACUCUGAAAGCAGCUGGAAUCGCCAAUGAAACUGAAAUUGCAUUCUUCUGUGAAGAAGAUUAUAAGAACUACAAAGCUAAUCCCAUUUCAUCCUGGUGAAAACCUCACGGGGCUUCCUUUUUGCAUGCCUAUAUUAAGCUCUUUAUUCCACUAGUGAGUUUUUAAAUUGACAAAUAAACUUUAAAAAUUAA